GCGCCUACAGAUUCUAUGAUCGCUAUCGUCCCGCUCAUCUGCGUCUCUAGCAUCGAUUCACCGGCCUGUUGCUACACAGGCUGCAUGACAGGCUGCUGCUGUCUUCGCCCGCUGCUUUGACAGUGCUACCUUUUAUCUUCCCGAAGAGGAGCUUAUUCGGCCAUAACUACAGUUUUGCGAACAGAGCGGGAAUACAGCACAACCAUGUCCGAGGAAGUUGAAGAAACGAGAAUUUCGGAGGAACAGCAGGAAAUGGAGGACAAGGUAAUCAGUCCAGAAAAAUCAGAGGAGGCCAAACUGAAGGCCAGAUAUCCCAACCUUGGAGGCAAGCCAGGGGGAUCUGAAUUUCUCAGGAAAAGACUCCAGAAGGGGCAAAAGUAUUUUGAUUCUGGGGACUACAACAUGGCCAAGGCAAAAAUGAAGAAUAAACAGUUGCCAUCCGCCCCAACGGAGAAGACUGAGAUCACAGGGGGACACAUCCCAACACCUCAGGACCUACCUCAAAGAAAAACUUCCAUCGUGGCCAGUAAACUGGCUGGUUGAUGGUUUUAUGUUUACUGUUUUGCUACUAUUCCCAUGUCCAUUUAAUAUCUACUUCGCACACUGUUUACAUUUUGUUUAUUUUUCUCAUUUUGUUUGUAUUCUGUAAGAACAAGUCAUGUAACAAGCCAAAUACUUGAAGAAUUGGCAACUGUGAGGCACUGGGGCAUCAGUGAGACAAAUUCAGCUAAGUAAAAGUGUUUCUCAGGCUCUUAAAGACUCAAUACAUUGAUAUUUCCUGAACAGUCAUCGCACUUAUAUAUUUAGAUGUUAUGGCUAUCUUAUGUUGACAAAUUAUUUUGCUUUUAAGAAUAUAUGCCUCCAAAGUAAAUGCUUGAAAGCUUGUGAAAAGGUUCCGUUUUCCUCUUUGUUCCUGCUCAUUAGGCUAGAAACAGAACUAUGAACAGAAAAUUGAUUUUACAGCAAUUUGAGGGAUCCCAUGCUCUUAUGGAGGCAUUUCAAUGGUGAAAAGUCAAUAAUCCUCCAUUUGUGUUUUUUUCCUUCUACUCUGUUUACGUCCCUCGUUUUCUCUGUCAUGCUACUUGAUUCCAUGCUUUUGAAGUGCUCAAGACUAGCUUUGUAUCCAGUUGUGUUUAAGUCUAAUUAGUAACAUUGGUUUGCAUUGACUUGCUGCUGGUCUCAAUCUCAUCCUGACCUCUAAAAUGGCCUUAAAGUGAAUGAAUGGUUUCUCUUGAGCAAUAUUUGCUCCCUCUGUUAGAAUAUUAGUUGUGAAUCUUGCCUGAAAUGUCCUUCACUGUCUGAUUGGGAUUUAUGAUUUUAUGGAAACAAACUCCCCUGUCAUGUCUGGAGUGUGCAUGUGCAUUUACUGUGCAGUCGCACUGUGCCAUUUGUUUUGUAAAUAAAAAUAGUUUUGCAUAAUA